AUGCUGUCUCAGGAAUUCGAACGAAUCCGUCGGCACCACGAGGCAUUUUCAUUUCCAUCUGACGCCUGGAACGUAUGGAACACUGGUGAAUUGGCACCAGAGGCGCGAGCCUGCAUGAUCCUCAAUCGAUUCUCUCGGGAUCUUGGUGUGAUGUAUGCGUCCCCGUCGUGCGAGUUCAUCUUGCAGGUUGACCCCGAGGAGAUUGUCGGUAAGCCCUUCUUGUUGUUUAUUCGAGCCGACGAUCUGGCGGCGUUUGUUCAGCAGGCGGACAUUGCAAAGUCGUCGACGGUGAUGACGCAUAUGCGGUUCUGGUUCCAGUCGCCCAAUUGCCCACACGAGGUCCCCAUCGAGGCCAUGUUGUUUGGAUGCGCGGAUGGAAUGGUUGCGAUCCUGAGACACUCUCGGCCCUUUACCAGGAAACGGUUGAUCGGGAGCACGGAGCAUUUUGAAUUUGUAAGGACGAGAGGAGUAUUGCCACUUUCAUCCUCAUUAGGAUCGACCAGCAGUAGCUCUUUGCCAUAUGGGUCCUCUUCAGCGUCGUCGGUCAGCCCUUCGCCACCUAAUGUCCAUGUGCCCAACCUUGUUUCCAGACGCGAUGAUGACCCAAAGGAUUUCCGACUGCCACGAGUAGGGAUGCGCUCGGUGCCGAUGGGAAGUAUCGAAAACAUUCAGGGCCUUGAGCGAGAUCAGAGUCGGUUCCGGCCAUUGACGACUGUCCAAUUGAGCGAUUCGACGUUUGAGGCUUUACCUCGUGGAUAUCAACUUCGGGAGGUUGUUCAGAUCGAUUCUGAUGAGGAUGAUGAUGAUGAGGGGGAGGAGGAGAGUGUGUUCCGGCAGUCGGAUGAUGAAGAGAGUAGUUACUACGAUGAUGAAGAGGACCGGUUGGAGUUUGAUGAUGGUGAAGAUGAAGGUGGGGAGCAUGAGGAAGUGUUUGAGCAGAUGGAAAACUUUAGCGUCGUCCCCGCCACCCCUGAGCAUUUGUAG